CGAUACCCCAACGAACGGAAGGGUACCUUUGACUCUGUUUAUCGUUUUGGGAACAUCGCCAUCACCAUUACUAUUUACUCCUCCCCAAUCUGCAAAUCGCUAUCUCCUUAGUUUUCUACGAUGUUGCUUUAGCCAGCCAUUUACGAAAGCUUUUACCCACGUACCCAAUUUCGACACUACUACUUUCUUUUCUCCGCUAUCUCUCUCUCUUUUUCCUCUGUGUUUUCGUCUUUGUUUCAUAGAUCCCCAUGAAUUUCUUUCUCCCAAAUUGAUUUCCAGUUGCUAAUCCCAAAACCCAUCAAUCAAACAUGAAUCUUUUAGUAACUACGUUUGUAUUUGCAAUUCUCUGUUGUUCGUCCCUAGUUCGAUCUCAAACACCCACCAAUUCAUCCUCUUGUCCCAUAAACUACGACUACGUGCGCCGGAUUCAAUGGCCGACCGUCGACUGCCGCCACUCCCGUGAUCCAACCAAAACCGUCACCAAUUCCACCACUUGUUGUCAAACCUUGCUUAGCGUCUUCGGCAUCGGCUUAGCUCAGCACCUGAAAGAAUCCUCUCUGUUUAACCUCCCAGAUCUUGCUACAUCCUCGUCUUGUCUCUCCGAUUUUCAAAUGAAACUCAACUCACUUUCCCUCCCCGAUAACCUCGCUUCCUUUUGUUUUGACCCUAUGCAGUUUGUCAUUUCGUCAAACACCUGUGCUGCAAUUCAGAACCUCCAAGAUUGGCGCCGGAAGUUGGGGAAUAAAACGGUUCUUGAUUCGUCGUGUCAAAAUGAUCUCUCUGAUCUUACUUCUUGUGAUGAUUGUGUUGCUGCUGGAUUAGCGGUUCAUAAACAACUAAAUUCUAUGGAUGGUAAUUCUUCUCAUUCAAGCGAUUGUUUUUAUUUCGUUGUUCUUUAUGCUGCUGGUAUUGUCAAUGAGCUCGGACCUCAAAGUACUGGUGCUGUAGCUUGUACAUUCGGGAUUAACUUCUUACCCAAAUCCCAUAAAAAUACUCGUUCUUCUUUGAUAUAUGGAUUGGUUGGAGCACUUGUUGCUGUUGUAGUAAUGUCUUGUUUCGUGGGGUUAUACUUUUGGUGGGAUAGAAAGAGGAAAAGGGAAAACACCGAUGAAUCAGGCACAGAUGAAUUCGAAUCUACUCGGCCAAGAAGACGACCAAACACUGGUUCUAUAUGGUUCAAGUUUCACGACCUUGAAAAGGCAACCGAUAACUUCUCCUCAAGCAAUUUCAUCGGUAGAGGUGGAUUUGGGGUUGUUUAUAAAGGUGUUCUCUCCGAUGGGUCUGUUGUCGCUGUCAAAAAGAUAAUCGAUUCAGAGUUUGAAGGCAACGAUGACUUCUGUAACGAAGUUGAAAUCAUUAGCAAAUUAAGGCAUCGAAACCUUGUCCCCCUUAUCGGGUGUUGUAUCCAUGGCGAAGAUGAAGAUUACGAGAGGAGAGAUGAUCAAAGAUUCCUUCUUUACGAAUACAUGUCAAAUGGUAACCUUGAAGACCAUUUAUUCCCAUCCAUGAGUCGAAAACCUAAACUGACAUGGCCUCAAAGAAAAAGUAUAAUCCUAGAUGUAGCAAAAGGGUUAGCUUAUCUUCACUAUGGAGUAAAACCUGCAAUAUAUCAUCGCGACAUCAAAGCUACAAAUAUACUUCUGGAUUCAAACAUGAGAGCUCGAGUAGCAGAUUUCGGGUUAGCCAAGCAAAGUAGAGAAGGACAAUCUCAUCUAACCACCAGAGUCGCCGGAACCCAUGGCUAUUUAGCGCCGGAAUAUGCUCUAUACGGCCAACUAACGGAAAAAAGCGACGUAUACAGUUUUGGGGUUGUGAUUUUGGAGAUUAUGUGUGGGAGAAAAGCUUUGGAUUUGACUUGUUCAGAUUCGCGUGGUUUCUUAAUUACUGAUUGGGCAUGGUCGCUUAUAAAAGAAGGAAAAUUAGGGCAUGUUUUGGAUCCUUCGUUGUUGGGAGAAGGUAAAGAUUCGGAGACUAUGAACCCAAGAGGGAUAAUGGAGAGAUUUGUUCUUGUGGGAAUUUUGUGUGCUCAUGUAAUGGUGGCUUUAAGGCCUACGAUUAUGGAUGUAUUGAAGAUGUUGGAAGGAGACGUUGAAGUGCCGGUGAUUCCCGAUAGGCCGACGCCUCUUGGCCACCCUACCUUCACCGGAGAUGGAAAAUCUUUUAAUAUUUCGCCGGUGUUGAGUGGGCUGCAAUUGCAGGCCACCGACAUGCUCAGGUAGGCCAAUAAACAAUAAAACAAAUGUUUAGAAUUAUAAAUUGUGUUAAUUUUAAAGUGAAUUUAGGAAGGAAUCGAGCAUUAGAUGUGACAAAAAGGUUAUGAAAACAUGGAAAUUCUUUUGUAUUUUAGGAGUUUAAUUAUUUGGGGGUGUCAUGAUUGGUUGAAAUUUUUGUUAUUUUGGUAGCCAUAUGGCUCUGGAGCAACUCUUGACAUGUAAAUUGUAUGUAUAUAGUUUGGCCUUAUUAAUAAAAUUAUUUUAUUUUUUUAUAGUUUUAAUACUUUAAUGUAUAAAGAAAUUUUCGAUUCUGUUAUUAUUAUUAUUUUUUUGUUAGAACGUUUUUGUUUUGAAUGAUAAGAAGUAGCAAUUUGUAACCCCGAAAUUUGGUGAGUCGCCGUAGCAAAAUGGCAAACUGCGGUCGAUUGGAGCUGUUUCACCUGCAACAUGGUGUUUUGCCGGCCGAUUAAAGAUGCCCUCUUGGAUUGGACUGCCUUGUAUAACUUAAAUCAAAAAUCUAGUGGCAUAAGUUAAUGUAAGCUAUGAUUAAUUUUUUAAAACGAUCUUCUAAAGUUUGUAAGGAUAUAAAUGGAAUUCUUCUUAUAUUUUUUAGAGAAAAUUACACCAAUGGUCCUUAUGAUUUGUCAUUUU